UACUUACUUAUUGGACGUCGCACCCGGCAGCAAAAUACAGCAAUAGAACAAGGCCACUCAAUUGCAUCCCCUCAUUCAAGAUUUUCGUCUUCUCAAGGCGAAACCCUCUGACGCCACACGAGGUCGAGGCCCAUAACGCAAGAUCCUUCCCUUGCGAUGGAAGACGCAUGUUUCAACGUGUCGCGCAUGCUUAUAACUAUCUUUGAAGCACGAUCCUGGUUGCGGGUUUCUGUCGCUGCCACUUGCUGUCAUCGUGCUGCAUAUCCCAUAUAUUUUCUGAUAAAUCAGUCCAUGCAGACGGAUGGCGCACUAAGGCGCUACAACUUAAAGCCAUGCUUCAAACGUCUGUCAUAUCGCAGAUCGAUGAGGGCGAGAUAUUAUUCUAACACCCGGUCCCUGUCACUUGUGGGGAAUUUCACAAUAAAGUGUUUGGGUGUGUGGGCUGCCAUAUUUCAUGCAUUCCCCAGUCAAACAAUCACAUCUUUUUGCGCUGUUUAUGGUAAUCCGUUCAAAGUCGUAACGUCACGUCCAAUUUUCUGCCUUCAUCAAGUUCCAUGCAGGAGUAGUUCUGGACCCGCAGCCAGUCAUAAAACAGGCAGAACCUCAUUGGUCGAUGGACUACUGGAAUCUGACCUAGGUUCUUGAUUUAUGAGCCGUUUUUCUGGGCCAGUUUUUCUAGUAAAGACCUAUUGAACUCGCCGAACCCACCUAGCCGAGGGUAUCAACCACCUUCUCUACCCACGGCUCAAUCGCACUUUUCGAGGGCUGAUCGUACUCAUUUCACGGAUGACAUCUUUUCAUAUAAUCGAUAUCGAUCAGGUCAGGCAGCUGAUAAGAUGAAAAAAAUUAGAGGUACCCGUAACCCGCCUACAUACAUACGUUCCCGGAUCUAGCUCAAAAGAAUUCGCGUAGGAAAAUCUGUCAUUCCGGACAGUUGUGACCGGAACCCCAGUUCAUGUUGUUGAUCAUUCACAAAGUUACAAGCUCCCUAGAGUUGCUGCAUGUAAACGGAGUACGCCACAUCAUGAUGAAGUUCAAAAGAGUCUACGGACGGACCCGUUGUUGGUUCAGAAACAGCCGUGAAUGAAGGCAUGGCUAUGUGGUUAAUAUUAAGAUAGAAUCUGAUGUAACGG